UCUACUCCAUUUAUCUUUAUUUUAUAUCUAAGUAAACUACUGGUUUAAAGAUUAUGAAAUUUCUUGCUUAUUUCACUCCAUAAAUGAAGGACAGAUGUUCAACAGAUUUCACCACUGGGCACUGAUUUCUCUGAAUCCUCCACUGAAUUGAGAUCUGCUUAGCCCCUCCUAUUAAUACAUAGGCAGCAACACGUGUCUCAGUGAGAGGACGCACAGUCUGAAACCAUCUGGAACAGGGAGAGAGGAAACCGAUGGAUCAAAGCAACAUCUGGUGUACAGACUUUUUUAACCUUUGCAUUGUUAUUGCAUUUCUUUAAUUGGCUCUUAGGUGUCCAUAAUCAUAUUCAUAUUCUUGAGGCUCAGGGCCCAUUUUCAUGGUUGGCUCAUAUACUCACCCAGAUGUUUUCUGACUCUUGCAAAGUUUCAGGGUUCUUUUUAUUUUUCUGAGAAAGUGAUGGCUCUGUCAGCUUCAGACCCAUCUCCCAUGCAGGACAACCAACAGCUGCUGCUGUCCCCUACCAUCCCGAUCUCUCCUGACCACAAGGCUUCCCCUCAGUUGACAGUGAAAGGUCAGAGGAAACAGGGAAAGCAUAGUGCAAUAGUUUCCCAGUCUGGUUGUAAUUAGACACUGGGUCUGAACCCUCACUCUUUGUGUCAUGUAGAGAACAUGCUGUUUUAGUGUAUUUCCUCCACCGGUUGACAUGAGCUGCCUGGUGAGUGUCAGUAUUUGAGUUUGAGCAUCCUGCUCUUUUGGUCAACUUCCUAAUAACAUCUGUAAUUAAUUAAGCUUAUCUCUUCAGUUUCUGUAUAUUCCUGGGAGGUAAGAAUGAGCUAUUAACUCAAGGAAAACAAGCUUUCCUUUAUGUGUGGAAACUGCAGGGGCUCAGUAACUCAUCCCAAAGUAUAAAACUUCUAAGUGGUAUCACGGAGAUUCAUACCUUGGCCCUAAAGCGUGAAUCCAAAGCUGAAGCUUUGGAGCUGUACGAUACACUGCCUUCCCGAUAAUCUUUACGGCCAUGCUCCAUCACGCCGUGUUUCCCUCCAUCUCAGCUGUGGGGAGCUGGAUAUCAGGAAAUGGGGCCAAUUGCCAGACAAGGCUCAGGAACACUGCCCUUGUCUUUGUUAAAAAGCCUGUGGUGAAUACUUGACUCCUGCUAAUGUCAGGCCAGGAAUAUGGCUUUGUUGGCCCUGAGAACCACACAUUUCUGAGGUCAUUGUGAGGUCAUCGUUUCUGGCAUGGCAUGUAUGUGUAGCUGGGCUCUCCCUAUGCUGCACACGGGCCAGCUGCUAUUAAAGGGACUUGAGCUCCAUCCCCAGAGCUGCCAAACAGCUGAGAUGGGGCGACUGGUGCUGUGGGUUGGUGAGUAUGGCACAGCCUAGCAAUGCUACACAGCUCUCAGGAGAUACCAGUUUGUCAUUUCUCUGGUGCCCAGUAGAGCAGCCUGGGACUCAGGGAGUCUGGCUUAGGUACAUACGAGAUAGACAUAAUAAAGAAUCAGAGGCACUCAGAGAGAAAGAGUCAGGGCAUCAGUUCUCCAACCUAGUUGUUUUCAUACUUGGGCUUCAUCUUGGACCAGGUUAUUCAGGAUUUCUGAGGAGAGCACUUUGAUAUGAGUCCUUCUGAAUUUAUUGUCAGAUUUGAGAACCAGUGGCCAAGAGCCUUAGCUUGGACUUUUAUCAUUGUCCCUAUGCAAAGCAUGUACAGGUACAUGUGGUGAUUACUAGAAAAGGGGCUUAGACUAGCUCCACUAUGUUAACUUUGAAGGAGAGGAAACCAGUGAGUGAUGUGUGUCACUAUUUGUGCAUCUGCAUGUGUGUAUGGUGCUGAGCUGGAGGGGGCACUUGCUAGCUGCAGGGUCUGUAUGGGGGGAAUGUCACACUGCAUGUGUAUAUGAAUUCCUCCAUUUCCUGCAGGGCUUGUUCUUCUGAUGAAGCACAAUGAUGGUAAGGGAACCACCUUCUCCCUUCUAAAGCCAGGGAGAUUCUCUGGCUAGGGAAUCUCCAUUCAGAAUCUCCUGGACUCCCACCUGCCUUGGCUCCUUGGUCGGAGGUUAUUGAGCCAAUACAAUUCAGCACAGGACGCUGGCCACUUGCUGUUUGUAUGGCUCAGUAUGUGCCAGGAUUUAGACUGAUAAGGCAUUCUUUUUUCUCUUGGGCCUCAGUAGCAAGGGCAAGAGGUCUAGGGCCAUGUGGAGGAGGUAUUGGUGUAUGUGGGAGGGAUGGAGGCUGUUACAGUGGCCUGGUCUCUUUGGCUGUGCUUUCUCUACCCUCCAGAAGCUGAGUUCCCUCUUUGCCCAUGAUCUCUGCUAAUACUUGUUGUCCUUGCCAGGUACUGCCUACAAGCUGGUGUGUUAUUUCACCAACUGGGCUCACAGUCGGCCAGACCCUGCCUCCAUCUUUCCCCAUGACCUGGACCCCUUUCUUUGUACACACCUGAUAUUUGCCUUUGCCUCAAUGAACAACAAUCAGAUUGUUGCCAAGAAUCUCCAGGAUGAGAAAAUCCUCUACCCAGAGUUCAACAAACUCAAGGAGAGGAACAGGGCGCUGAAAACACUGCUGUCCAUCGGAGGGUGGAGCUUCGGCACCGCACGGUUCACCACUAUGCUGUCCACACUUGCCAGCCGUGAAGAGUUUAUUGAUUCAGUUGUAUUCUUCCUGAGAACACAUGGUUUUGAUGGGCUUGAUCUCUUCUUCUUGUACCCUGGACUACGAGGCAGCCCCAUGCAUGACCGGUGGAAUUUUCUCUUCUUAAUUGAAGAGCUUCAGUUUGCCUUUGAGAAGGAGGCACUGUUCACCCAGCGCCCAAAGCUGCUGCUGUCGGCUGCUGUCUCUGGUGUCCCAUACAUCAUUCAAACAUCUUAUGAUGUGCACCUUUUAGGAAGACGUCUGGAUUUCAUUAAUGUAUUGUCUUAUGACUUACAUGGAAGUUGGGAAAAGUUUACAGGACACAACAGUCCUCUGUUCUCCCUUCCUGAUGACUCCAAAUCUUCGGCCUAUGCUAUGGAUUACUGGAGAAAACUCGGGGCACCUGCAGAUAAACUUAUCAUGGGCUUCCCCGCCUAUGGACGUACCUUUCGACUCCUUGAAGAAUCUAAGAAUGGAUUGCAGGCUGCUUCAACGGGACCAGCAUCUCCUGGGUAUUACACCAAGCAGGCUGGCUUCCUGGCUUACUAUGAGGUUUGUUCCUUUAUCCAGAGAGCAGAACAGCGCUGGAUUGAUUAUCAGUAUGUCCCAUAUGCCUACAAGGGGAAGGAGUGGGUUGCCUAUGAUGACACCAUCAGCUUCAGUUACAAGGCAACAUUCGUGAAAAAAGAACAUUUUGGGGGUGCCAUGGUGUGGACACUGGAUAUGGAUGAUGCCAGGGGCCUUUUCUGUGGCAAUGGUCCUUUCCCCCUUGUUCAUAUAUUGAAUGAGCUCUUGGUGAAGGCAGAGCUCAACCCAACCCCUUUGCCACAAUUUUGGUUUACAUCUCCUGUGAAUUCCUCAAGACCUGGCUCUGAGAGUCUGCCUGUGACAGAGGGGUUCACCACUGAUAGUGUAAAGAUCUUGCCCCCAGGAGGAGAAGCUAUGGCCACUGAAGUCCACAGAAAGUAUGAAAAUGUGACUACAAUCCCUAAUGGUAGAUCCGUGACCCCUGAGGGAACAACAUCUCCUGCAACACAUGCAGUAGCUCUAGAAAGAAGCACUAUGGCUCCUGAGGCCAAAACCACAGCCUCACUGGACCUUCCAUCUGAGACCGCUACUGGGAAGACAGUGACAACCCAGACACAGACAACUAGGGGAGAGACCUUGGCCACCGUGGGUAAUCAGUCUGUGACCCCUGAGGCAAAGACCAUGGCCACAGUGGGUAAUCAAUCUGUGACCCCUGAGGCAAAGACCCUGGCCACAGUGGGUAAUCAGUCUGUGAUCCCUGGGGUGGAGACCAUGGCCACAGUGGGUAAUCAGUCUGUGAUCCCUGGGGCAGAGGCCACAGACACAGUGGGUAAUCAGUCUGUGAUCCCUGGGUUGGAGACCAUGGCUACAGUGGGUAAUCAGUCUGUGAUCCCUGGGGAGGAGACCAUGGCCACAGUGGGUAAUCAGUCUGUGAUCCCUGGGGAGGAGACCAUGGCUACAGUGGGUAAUCAGUCUGUGAUCCCUGGGGAGGAGACCAUGGCCACAGUGGGUAAUCAGUCUGUGAUCUCUAGGGAGGAGACAAUGGCCACAGUGGGUAAUCAGUCUGUGAUCCCUGGGGAGGAGACCAUGGCCACAGUGGGUAAUCAGUCUGUGAUCCCUGGGUUGGAGACCAUGGCUACAGUGGGUAAUCAGUCUGUGAUCUCUAGGGAGGAGACAAUGGCCACAGUGGGUAAUCAGUCUGUGAUCUCUAGGGAGGAGACCAUGGUCACAGUAGGUAAUCAGCCUGUGAUCCCUUGGGAGGAGACCAUGGCCACAAUGGGUAAUCAGCCUGUGAUCCCUGCGGAGGAGACCAUCGUCACAGUGGGUAGUCAGCCUGUGACUCCUGGAGGGAUGGAUACAACUCUUGUCUAUCUUCAGACUAUGACUCCCAGUAAGAAGGGAACUUUGAGGAAGAAGGAUGUGGUCCUUGAAAACAUCACUGUUCCCCCUAGAGAGGUUUCCGUUGCCCCUAAUGGGCAGAACACAGCUCUAAAGUGGGAGAGAUUGAUUACUGAAGUGGAGACUUACCCCCAGGAUGGAUGAAUUGGUCUUCAUGUAGCAGCGGAGAACAGGAUGCUGUCCUCCAGCACUAUUGUCUUGUUCCCAGGAUACGCUCCUUUCUCUUUUGAAAAUGGCUUCACUCUUAUUGGUGGAAACCACUGCUUUGUCAAUGCCAUAGCCCUUCUAACAAAACUUCUCUCUCUUACAAAAAGAACACCCAGAACACUCUGUUACAGAUCAAAGAUCAUGAGCUCCAUUGGUGGCAAAACCCCAGGAAAAGCCCUUGUUUUUUCUUCUAUGUGAUAUGACAGAAGUCACCUCAUGCUGCCACCCAUGAACCAUUUGUGGGGCAAAGCUGGCACCAAAGCCACCAUGGGGCAAUCUCCUUCUUGUCUAAUAAACUGGAAGCAUGAGAA